CCAUAACUGACAUAAACACAGAAGAGCACUGCUUCUCUUACUACUGUUGAAGCUUGACACAGCUCUGUCAGAAAGAGAGAGAGGGUGAGGAGCUUGCCUCUGUCUACAGAAGAGAACCGCCACAACACAGAGGCAACUGAUCUCUACACGAACUGUUCUGCAACCAGCAACCAGUCUUCAAAUGGAGUUUUUUAACUCAGCUCUUGGGAAAAACAUCACUUUUGUGCGUCCUGCACAUUUUUUAAUAAGGGGUUUUACUGGCUUACCUAAUAUCAAGUAUUACUAUGUUUUUCUCUUUAUUAUUUACCUUGUUUCAGUUCUGGGAAAUACAAUGGUGAUGACUGUAAUAGUUUUGGAUCAUAAUCUGAGAACUCCAAAAUAUAUUGCAGUCUUUAACUUAGCAUUUGUGGACCUGUUUGGUAGCUCUGCUCUGGUGCCGAAGGUUCUUGACAUCUUUCUGUUUAACCACCACCACAUCCCCUACAACGACUGCUUGACAUUCAUGUUUUUCUGCUUCACCUGCUUUUCGAUGCAGGCUCUUAACCUGGUUGCACUUGCCUAUGACAGACUGGUGGCCAUCAUCUUUCCACUGCACUAUCAUGUGAAGGUGACUCACAGGUUCAUGUUUUCUUUGAUUGCCUCUUUGUGGCUCUUUGCCAUGACUAUUACACUCAUUGCAGUCUGCCUUCUUACAAGACUUUCUUUCUGUAAUUCUGUGGUUAUUAACAGCUAUUACUGUGACCAUGGCCCAACAUACCGGCUGGCCUGCAAUGAUAUUACACCCAAUCGUGUAAUUGCUAAUUUGUCACCAAUUCUUAUUCUUUGGCUUCCACUACUAUUUAUCUUGGUAAGUUACUGCUAUAUUGCCUAUGCUCUGUCAAAAAUGUCCACAGUUCAGGAAAGAGUGAAGGCCUUUAAAACCUGCACAGGUCAUCUUUCAUUAGUGGCAAUCUAUUUCCUCCCUGUCAUAUUUGUCAAUAUAGCUGCAGUGGCCUCCUACAUCCAUCCUAAUGCAAGGAUGAUAAACUCCUCUUUGACACAUACCAUACCAGCUUUGCUCAACCCUAUUGUAUACUCUUUAAAGACAGAGGAAGUGUUGAACUCUAUCAGGAAGCUUUGCAAACGAUAUAGGCUUAGCAAUAUUACUUCAUCCGAAAAGGUGAACACUUUAUCACUGCUGCAUUGA